CUGCGAAAUUCCAAAAUGGCGGCGGGCACCUGCAGAUUUUGGAUAAUGGUGUUAUUUUGGUAAUUUUAUCGAUUUACUUUAGAUAAUAAUAAAAUAAAUAUCCAAUUAGUGAGUUGUGUAAAAUGGCAGAGGAAGACAGAUACUCGAUGCCUGCAGAAAAAUAUUUAACUAAACACAAUAUUUUAGUGUAUUUAGAAGAUGCUGUUACACAAUUACUGGAACACAGAGAAGAAAAUUCUAAAGUUAAUUCAGUUAAAUUUCUCACUGAUUAUUUCUCCAGCGUUCGAGAUGGCAACCAUACGAUGUUUAGAGAGUAUAGCUUCAUUCAUUCUACCCCUCAUAACAGGGCAAGUUUUGUUCGCUUGUUCUGGAAAUGUUAUCGACAGAUUGGUAAAAAAGGAGAUUUAUUAAGUAUACAGGAAUAUCAUUCUCUACUGGGACUUAUCUCCCCUGACUUCCCAUUCGAUGUUGUCAAGAAAACAGCCAGAAUUAUAUUAAUAGAUGAUGCUUUAGAUUGUUUAAUAUCUUUCACUGAUUUUAUCUAUGCAUUUCAAGCUCAGGUUUAUUAUGAAGAAUUUUUAGAGAAAUGUUCAGCCAAGUAUCGAUCUUUGUUACAAAGUUUUUGUAGUCCGCGAGAUCCGGUUGUUGUGCCGACGUCAGGCAGUGAAGAAGCUACUGUCCAUCAAAACAGUGGGCACCGUUCAGAAGAUGUGGAUUCUAUGCAUUUUUUCCGUGCUAUUUACCCGCUGUGCGAUAGAAUAGAAUAUAGUUCACCACCAAUUUCUUCUUUAAAAGAAAUCCUCUUCAACAUUCCACGAAUCUCAUUUUACGGUUUUCUAAUAUCUAUAGCAAAAAGUGAAUCAAUUAACGCACAUAUAGGUCGUUUACCACCCAAGAUGGAAUUACUGGAAGGUGGAGACACAGAACUAACAUCAUUACCAGAGGUUGCACCACAGAGAGCACCACAGAGUAACCCCCCUUCUCGCACCAUGUUAGUCCGUCCCACAAUGCCUGCACGAUCAAAAUCAGCAUUAGGUAUUACGAAACCACGGAAACCGGCUCAAAUCCCGACACAACUUAGUUCAUCGUCAUCUGAUACAGACACAGUUUCAGAUUCAACCGAAAGCAUCUGAAGAAUAUUUUUCCCCCCCCCCCCCUAAAUGUAUUAAAUGCUCGGACCAAUUUAGCAUAAGGUUGUUUUAAAAAAUUUGAAAGUUUCUAAUUUCACUUGUCCCGUUUUUUAAAAAAAAACAACAAAAAAAAACCAUCAUUUAAUUCCAGUCAUACAAUUUAAAAUUUUUUUUGGAACAUAUGACACAAUGCCAGAAUUGUUAUGCGGGUUCUAAAAUUUGAAACAUGAACUGAAUGAGUAAAAAGUUACACAUAGACUCCCAUUAGGAAAAGAGAUGACUGCACAUCUGUAGAUAAAAAUUGACAAGGAUGAAAACCAAAUUGAAAACAUAUCAGCAGUGGUCAAUUAAACACACAAUGAUUUUCAUCUAAAAUAUGUGCAUUUAUGCUUUAUUUAAACAUACAUUAUAUGCAGAUCUUUCUUUUGGCCUUAAGUGUUAUAUUAUGCAAGAGCUAAAUCUACCUAUUGCAGGUCUUUUUUUAGGCCUUAAAUGUUAUAUAAAUUAUUGAUUAAGCAUUAAACAUACAUUAUGCAAGAGCUAAAUCUGCCUAUUGCAGGUCUUUCUUUAGGCCUGAAAUGUUUUCUAAAGUGUUAAUUAGACAUUAAUUAACUGAUCCAGGCCUUAAUCAACUCUCGAUGGCAUCAGAUUUCUCCGAUAUUAAAUAGAUUAGAAUGGUUCAGCGAUACUUUGAUUUAAUCAAAUAUGGAGGACCGAGACUUAGCUUCGAUCAACCAGUACGGUGGUUGAAAUUAUUGCACACGUCUGUCAAACCUUCAAAGGAUAAUAUCUUCGCUUGCAAUAGAGUAAUUUGAAUGAAAUUUUCAAUUUACAUCAUCUACUUUCGAACUAUUAUAGAAAGAAUGGCUAGUUCUUUAUCUAAAUCUUACAUAAUGUAUCUUUAAUUAACAUUACAAGACCAUAAUCAACUCUGGAUGGCAUUGUUAGCCUGCAAUAUUUAGUGGAUUUGAAUAUGUUUUGUGAUGUAAAAAUGGAUAACCGAGACUGUGUUUAUUAUCGUACCAACGGUAGUAAUGACGAUCGAGGCUAGCCUAAAAUUGAAUCGCUAAUAUCUCGGUUCAGAGUGAAGUAAUGACCAUCACCUUGGGUUUGAUCACCUCACCUCAUUCCUUGUUGUUUUGUUGUAAUAUUUAUAUUGGUUGAUCAAAAUAAUAAAAUAUGUAUAUAUAUAUAUAGUACUUCAGUAAUAGUCUCCGUGAUCCACCCCUCUAAAUCUGCUAGUGAGAGUCUAAAACAGGGAUGUUAGCUGGGGUCAAGAGAGGCUAGAGUUAGGUUACCAGAAGUAGUAUGCCCGUUUUCAUUAACCCAAUUGGCGGAGUAGGACAUUAAACCCCAUUUUAGUCAUAUUGAUAGUGAUUACGCACGAACACAUUUGAAUUUGCUUAAAGCGAUAAUUUCAUAUUUUUAAAUUAUACUUUUAAAAUGUAUUAAAAUAAAGCCUUAAAAUAGAUGGUGUCUAUAAACAGUCCAACCUUGUUAAAGAACAAUCCUAUAAUUCACUAUUGCCAGUUGAGAAAUUGGCAAAAAUAUCAUUUUCAACUUCAAAUUCAAACGUUUGAAGAUAGCUAUUCCAAGGGGGGGGGGGGGAUAGAAAAACAAGGGAGGUAAUUGUGUUAUUAUUUCCGGGGUCAAUGAUUUUUAAGUGUGAGAAUGAUACCUAUGAUCGGAUGAUAGUGAGUUGACAACCUAUUGAGCAAAAGGCAUAGAAAUAAUUAUGUUUUGACUUUCUUAGAAAAUAUGAAAUUCUCGCUUUAAGAAUGGAUAAUGAUAAAACCAAUCACAGUAACUUUAGCCAGAAUUCAAAUAUAUUGGAAUGGGGUAUGUUGGCACAAUACUUUGGUCAUUUUGAGACUAACAUCUGGUAAUGAUGGCCUGAUAAUAACGAAGCUGCAGUUGCGGGAAAAAAUGAAAUGGAACAGGAUUUAAUGUCCUACUUUUCUGCACCGACUGGGCUAAUGAAGUCAGGCAUACGCAAAACAGUGUGUUAUAAGGAAAAUUUUGCCCGUCGAGGCUUUUUUUACGUACCCGCCAACAUAUACACUGGACCUUGUUUUAUAGUUCCAGCCAAAUACUGGGAGAAUGAUGCCGGGGAAACUAUCUUUUAAAAAAUAAAAGUAUAAACUAGCAUAUCACCUGGUU